CAAUUGGGUUCACUCGUUCGAAAGGAGCCCUUGCUCCACAUGCAGGUGAGUAUAUAUACAGUUGCAGUGGGGUAUGUUAGUCAUAUCAUCAACUAACUGCUCGAUAGUUCAAUCACUACAUUACCUACUUCAACUUCAACAUGCUCAAGUUGUUCGUCGUUCUUGCUGUUGUCAUCUGCGCAGUGAACGCAGGUCUCAUAGGUGGACAUGGCGCAAUCAUAGCAGCACCAGCUGUUCACGUUGCUGAAUCAUACCAGAAUAGCAACCAAAUAUCUCUCCAUCCAACACCCAUCAUUGUUCAACAUGCUGCACCAGUAAUCACUAAAGUUGCUGCCGCCCCUGUUUUGGUAGCAUCUCAUGGACUUAGCUAUGGUGGUCAUGGCCUUGGUCUCCAUUGAGCUUUAAACUGAGAUCGAUGAGUAUAACAAUGCAAAAAUGUUAAAAUGUAAAUAUUUCGACUCACUGUAAUAAAGCUAAUGUUAAUAAAA